AUGGAUACUUCAUUGCUAGGAGAAUCGGACGGCUCUCGCCAGAAAGAAAAUGUGCCCACUCAAGCUGUGAAGGAUAACACUGGUCCACCCAAGGUUAAAUUCUUACUUCCUGAUUCUGAUAGUGCUUCUACCGAUUCCGACGAUGUGCUUUCAGUAAAUGAGAUACCAGCCCUGUCCGCCGCUGAUGAAGAAGACCAUGGUUAUUUCCCGGAAGGAAGUGGUCCCACGCGUCCAGUGCCCAUCCCAGUCCUUGUCUCCCGCGACAGAAGGAACGAUGACAUUAAGAAAGCCAGCCUCGAGUUCCUGAACGACAACAUCAAAGAAUGGACUAUUGGCUUCGACCUCGCCGCAUUUCCACAGAUAGUCAAGAGCUGGAUCCCUACCCUGAGAGCAACAGCUCUUCCAGGAUCGUACGAACACCUCCUGUUACUCAUGUUUGACGAUGUUAAGGAGUUCAACAGAUUCCAGACUAUCCUGAGAGAGGCUGGAGUCCCAGGUGCCAUCGAUCCCCGUCAGAAUGGAACUCUGACCGUUCAUGCAGAGCUCAGUCGCCGCAAUGUGGUUGGUAAAGGCCGAGGCCAAGGCCAGGCGAGGUCCAUCUUGGUCCCCCGAGGCCAAAUUGUUCAGAGCAACCAGACCACCGACGAGAUGUACUUCUGGAGAGAACUGCACAUAAUCAGACGGCUCGUUGCUCCUAUCCGAGAUGAGCACGAAGAGAUCGUCUGGAUCACCAGCCGCGAGCAGCAACCGGAUGAUAUGAUUCAACAGUUCGAUGCAGCUAAAGACUGCAUCAUUGAUUUUAAGAAGCAGGUCAUCAACCUACCUCCCCCCAAGGGUCUCGAGUCGCCCUCGUACAAGGAGCUGCGUCUCCGUACCUCCAGCCUUCACCAGUUCCGGAUGGACUGUUGCAAGGGAAGCCUUGAAUGGGCACGAUUCCCACCCAGCGAAAUCGAACUGCGACGACGCUACAACCACUUCGGCAAGUGGCAUGGCCGCCACAAGGAACCUGUCAAUGCACCAAUUAAGAACAUCAUGCCUCAGGUGCAGGUAUCUUCUAACCUGGCCUUUGAAUUCGACAACGCAUAUAUCUGCAUGCGUCGUGAUGGAAGAAUCCUUCACCUACUUGUUCAGAUCGCCCAGUGGCUUGCCCUAGCCCGCGGCUUCACUGCGGUUCACCUGUUUUGCGACGUCGCACGCCUCUUCAGCACCCAUGGCGUCGACAUUGGUAACAAGGCACAGGUGGAAAUCUGCAAGCAGCUUACCAGAUUUGAACUGCUUUGUGAUUCUCUUAACAGUCCUCUCCCUCUGAACUUCCCAGCUAGUUCCAGUGUCGUCGAUCAGUUUUCGCCUACCUUCAUUCAGGGCGUGAUUCAGGCAAAUCGCAAGAUGGUGGAAGCCCUUGUAGGUCUAAACACCUUGUUCCACCGUGUCAAUGUGGGCUGGCGGGCUCGAACCCGCCAGACGCUGGAAUGGCAGACCUGGGGAGGCGAAAGAGUUCUUGCGCUCAAGACACCUCGUCUGUUUUUCCCCCGAGCUACGGUCCAAGUGCCCUUUGCUUAUGCUGGGAUCUUUUCGGACGAAGAGCUUGCUGCCCACCUAGAUACGAUGUGUUCUUAG